UCGGAAAGUUCAGUUCAACGUCGUUCGUUCACGGGGAAGCACUCGUAUCGUGUUAAUAGUCUUUUAAACAAUUUUAUGUACUAAACUUGGUUAUAUUUUAUACAGACAACCACUGAGUAAUUAUAGGUGGGUUAUAGUGGAUUCAUUAACGCAUAUAAGUUAUUCAAAUCAAGGUCUUAAUAAUAAUGGAUGAAGAUGACGACGACGACAAUGAGCUAAAUUGUAUUUAAUUCAUAGGUAAUUGAUAAAUGAAACCCAAAAAAAACAUGAGGAUAAUUUUAGAUAAGUGACUCAUACUGAAAAUUAGAAUCCAUGAUAACUAAGUGGGAUCUUAGGCGAUGGACGUACUUCGGCGUUUUGAUCAUUUUUGCCGAAGUCUUGUUGUGUUUCAGCGAUUUUCAAUAUGAUGACAGUAGUGUGACCAAAUCAUUUAGAAAGAUAAGACAUGACCACAAAUUACAGCAAGAAAAUGAAUCUGUAAUGAAUUUUGAAUUUGAGACAACUAAAGGAUUGGAUUACGAAAAUUAUAGCGAAGAAGACUCGUCCGAUGAAGCGUUCAUUGAAGUGAUUCACGACAUGUAUGACACUCGGAAAGGAAUCGUGCCUCACAUUAUUUAUCAAGUAAGAAUUAACUAUACGACGACUCUAUAUAACUAUACACUGAGCGUAAACGGAAAAUUGGUGGCACGAGGUCAACCGUCUAAUGAUGACCCCAUAACAUUUAACUGGACAGCUACGGCAGCAGAUCAGUCGCACAAAUACCUAGAGUUUCGGUUAGUAUAUAGUACAGUUGUAACAUCUGAGAUUAAUAUAUCAAACAAAAGAUUCCUACUUUUAAAAGACUGUGAACUACAUUUGUUACCUGAAAAAGGCACUUUGUCUUCCAAAGAUCUGCCAUCUUCUCCGACUACACAUGGUAAGUGUGUGCUCAAGUUUCCACAAAAAUAUCAAGCUCGACUUAUAGUUGACCUUGUCAAGUUAAACAUGCCAUGUAAACAUAGUCAUCUACAGUUAUCCGGUCACAAAGUUGUAUGUGGAAAAUUAGAAGAUCUACAUGAAUCUGAUCGACAUUAUGUUUUUAACGUGGAUGAACUUUCAUCGGUAACCAUUACUGGUUGGAGGUUUACCUUUACGUUAAUAUAUAAGUAUGCUGCUAGUUGUUUUGAUAACGAAGUAUCGCAACAAAAUGGUACAAUAGUAUUUGUCGCUGGUUUCGAAUGCCGUUAUAAAAUCAUUCAACCUUACGGUUAUCGAAUUCGAUUGCUCAUUAACUCUAUACCUUAUGGUCAUGUCGAUAGCUCAGUAGAUGACGUAGAUGAAGCGAAAUCAUUAUCAAUUAAUACGACUCCUCUUCAACAAUAUACUACAUCUACAUGCUCUGGAAUUUUGUUUUGGUUGACUGAUGGUCCAAUUCGAUGGUCCCAUUGUGCUUCAACUGAUAGUCCUAAAAAACAUAUGUCUAUGUUAUCUAAUGCCAAUAUAGUUUUAAUGGAGUCGUCAUCAGUGUCAUUACGGGUACCAACACUUAAAGUAACCUAUAAAGCAGAACCUAUAAACGAAAUCGUAAAACAGUGUCCAUAUGGAUCUGUUUCACUUAAAUCUAGUCAAUGCUUGACUAUUAUUAAUGAAAUGCAAAAUUGGAAUGAUGCUGAAGAUUUUUGUAUAGAAAAUGGCGGUCAUUUGGUCAGUAUCGAUAGUCAUCAGACUCAAUUACUUAUUGAUACCAUUCUAAUAAACAGUCCUGGCUAUAAUGAUAAUGCUGCAUAUUGGAUAGGAGCAACAGAUAUUAACAAUGAAGGAUUUUUCCAAUGGACAGAUUCAUCUCCAUUUACCUUUUCCAAUUGGUACCAAGGUCAUGUCCACCCAUCUCAAGUUGGGUCAAACUCUAAACAGCCUAAUGAUGAUGGACUUAGUCAGCAAGAUUGUAUAGAACUACGACAAGUUUAUGGUUCUCAAAACAGACUUUUUAAAUAUUUCAUACGUAAUUCAUCGUAUACGUGGAACGAUAGAGACUGCACAGUGAGGAAUCGAUUUUUAUGUCAAAUACAACAACAUACUCUUACUAAUAUUUAUGAUUCAGACGAUAACAGCUGUAAUUCGACAAUAAAAUUGACGAAUGAAAUGAGGUUUGUGACCAUUUCGAGUCCAGGAUUUCCACAACCAUAUCCGGAUAACUUAGACUGUACCAUUAAAUUGGAAGUACCUCGAGACUAUCAAAUUGAAGUGGAAUUCGAUGAGCUUGUACUAGAAAACGAGUCAACUUGCAGUUACGAUUACGUUGAAUUAAUUGCGGGUGAUGAAGAUCAGGGGCCAAAAUAUUGUGGUGACAAAAGUGACGUGCUAAAAUUGACAAGAUAUGUGACUGAAAGGUCUAAGCUUAAAAUACAUUUUGUAUCGGAUUACUCACACUCAUUCAGUGGAUUUAGAGCUCGUGUGUCAGCUGAACACGUAAAUAAUGGAUGUGACGAUGCACGGCAGCAAAUGUAUAACGGAUCUUGUUAUUUAUUUGCCAGCUACCCAGAAGUAUCAUGGCACACAGCUAAAAGUAUUUGCAACGGGAUAAAAGCUGAACUAACAAGUGUGCAUAGUGCCGAAGAAGAGCAAUUCAUCGAAUCUUUUAUACGAGAAUCAUCAGAUAGUCGAUCAGCUAUAUAUUGGUUAGGCGGUACGUGGGAUGAAAAAUACUGGUAUUGGAUUGACAAUUCGACAGAAACAUUUUCGGCUUGGCUAGCAAUAAACAAUGCAAAUACUCAAACAUCUUAUAAAGAUUUAUGUUUAGCCAUUAGUUGGCUCACUUCACCACCUGUCAACCUUCCUAGGGGCCUAUACUGGACUGCAAAUAUUUGUAACACUGUUGGAGGUUAUAUUUGCAAAAAAAAACAAUUAAAAUCAUCGGAUUAUUACAAUUUAAACAAGACAGUAUCUGGCAUUAGCGGAGUUUUGACUUCCUUAAAUUAUCCGGCGAAUUACUAUCACAAUUUGGAUUAUUGGACUCACGUAGUCGGACCAGAUCGUGCAAGAAUUGUGUUUCAGUUCGAUUCGAUAAACAUUGAACCACAAGUAGAUUGCCUUUAUGAUUACGUGUCUGUGAUGGAAAAGACAAGUCAAAAAGAAAAUGAUAGAGCUAUGACAGUGUGUGGUUACCGCGGCAACAACUUAGAAGACUACAUUUUUGUAACGGAAUCAAACGAAGCUUAUGUACACUUUCAGUCAGAUUACUCUGUGUCUAGUUUUGGGUUUCAUCUUAAAUGGAAUGUCAUUGAUAUGUCUGGAUGUCCGUCACAGACCCUCACUGCAUUUCAAGGUCAAGUUGUCAGUCCAAACUACCCAAAUUUCAUUUUACCUAAUCUCAACUGCAUAACCAUGAUACUGGCACCAGUUGGCCGACGUAUAUGGAUCGAAUUUGUUGACUAUAAUUUAGACAACUCACAAUCAGUUAAGAUAUAUUUGUCAAGAACUGCAGAUUACGUUACACCUUUCAAACAUGCAAAUUCCAUUAACGACGGUGCAUUCCUUUCAGAUGGCGAAAGUGUCAAGAUCGAAUACAAGACAAAUUCCACGCCAAGAGGAAGAGGAUUCAAAAUUGCCUAUAAAAUAAUAACCGAUUUCAAUGAAGAACGAUCAAUAUUAUUACCGAACAACUCUAUUGGUUUUAUGUAUAGACUAAACUAUCCAUUACCGAUGCAUAUUCCUAGUAUUCGUUAUAGACAAAGACUCAAGGCAUCUAUAGGAAACUUCAUACAACUUCAGUUCAAUCAUGUGGUUCCGGCGCAAAUGGAUACCACAUUAGGACGUACAAUUUGUCCGGGCCACGAUUCUGGUACUAUAAUAGAAAUCCAUGACCACUACGCUUCCCAAAACGGAACAUGGUGGCUAUUAUGUGAAAAUGUUGAUCAUCUCAAAUCAGUGCCUAUUUCAAUAUCAUCUUAUCUCAACACAAUUUCCAUUGUUACCAUAUACAAUAAAAAACAGGCCAGCAUUUUAACAUCAAUCAAUAUAUCAAUAAGUGUCAAAAAUGACCCUGAGUGGAAAAACAAACUAAUAACACUGUCUAAACGACCGGAAACGGAUCGCACGCAAAUAGAAACUUGUACACCAAACCCUUGCGUUAAUGGUGGCACGUGCGUGCUCAGUGAUGCUUCACAAAUGUACUUUUGUAAAUGCCAAGGAAAUCAUACAGGUCUAUUCUGUUCGUUGAACCACUGUGAUUUGGGACAUUGCGUUUUUGGCGAGUGCCAGUUGACUGGUAAUAAUGGGUACCAUUGUAAAUGCCAGUAUGGAUAUACGGGAAAAUUCUGCAAUGAAAAGAUCAAACCAUGUGAUCUAAAUCCAUGUAAGGACCAUGGAGAAUGCAUAGCGUUAGGAGACUUGGAAUACCAAUGUCGAUGUUACACAUAUUGGACGGGGAAUCAGUGCGAAAAGAAAAUGUUUUACAUCACGUACAAACCGCUGACAGAGCGCAUGCUACACGAACCAUUCUGGCUUGGUCUGCUAACUGUAUUCAUGGUUUUGGGAAUACUGGGCUUAAUAUGGUGUGCCAAGCGUCACGUACCCGAAAAAAUAGAAAAAAUUUUGUCUGAAGAAGCUGAACGCAGCAGACACUUUACAGUGAAUGCAUCGGGUCGGAUGUCAAGCAUGCGAAGCGAAUUGUUAGUACCAACUGUGAUGACCAAUGGAGCAACACCUUCUGAUGAAGGAAACUCACCAACUGCACAACAGCCUCAAGCUAAAACGUUCCUCAGACGAUUGGGUAUACGAAAACCUUCAUUAAUGAGUCUCACCAGUCCAUUACAAUCCGGUAGAACGGCUCGUACGUUCAGCCUGGACGACUUGCUCAGGCCACAAGUUCCGAGGUUCAGUCAACACCGAACGAAGCAAAAAAGUGCAGUUUCGUCGAGACUUCGAACUUCCAUUGCGGACAAAUCAGAAAUACUUCAACAGUUAAUAUCUCCUGGUUUAGUACGACAAGCUAGUUUUAAUGAUGAAAUAAACCUUGUAGAUAAAUUAUCUACAAAUAAUAUAGACCCUAACGAUAUAUUUUUGCCAUCAUCACAUAGAUCACAAGAAACAAGUUUCUCAAAUGAUUGUUCAUUAGAUGAGGCAAUGCAAAAAAUUGAGAAGAAAGUGACAUUUGCUCGAUUGAUGAACAAAUUUCAAUCAGAAAUGAGCUCUACCAGUUGUUCUGAAGCCGAUGCUCAAGCCAAGCGGAUGUUACGCCGACCAAAUCUCAACCAAGGCAGUGACUCUAUGUCCAGUCUGGAAUUCGCUUUGGAAAAUUGUCGAAAAUCAAAUCAAUUACUUUUAAAUGAAUAUCAACAACAAUCAGGUAAUCAAAAGGCAAUGAGUGCUGACUCAAUAUUAGCCAUGUUUCGAAAUUUAAACCAUACUAUUGCUGUUACUGAAAUGGGUAAUUAUUUAUCAGCAUCCACCACACCUAGUUGUUCCAGUCUCCAGGAUGAGAUAGUUGGAUGUAGUGAAGAUGAAUCUUCAAUAUCUAACACAGUACAUUCACCAAGCGGAGGGGGUAAAGAAUCGCCAACUCGGUACCGUUAUUCUAACAUAAUUCAAAUACCAGUGAUCGAUGUAUUGAGUUCUCAAAGAAACUGCUCAAAUAACUCGUUAAAUAGUUUACAACAUCCUCCAUCCAUUCUUUUAGAAGUGCCAAAUUAUCGAAUGGAUUGCCUAUCACCCAUCCACGAGAUGCCAACGCCGAUACCAUCACCUUCUCCUACUCCUAUUACAUCCAGAAAAUCAUCCUUCGGAUAUUUUAAAGAUCACGAUAAUCAAUUUCCAUUCAAUAAUAAUAAAUUAGAGUCAACUAUGAAACAACAGUUACAACCGAUACCUACAUUAGUUGUACAACAGCCUACUCCUAUAAAUUCACCAAGCAUGGAAUUUCCGGGGUCUCCUCCACCUCACAAGGAGAAAAAUUUAGGUCGAAAAAUGUUAAAAGACUUGGAUAAACCAAUUUCAUUAGAUUUACCUGCACCCCCGCCUGUCAUAACAGUAACGUGUAUGAGUGAUUCGGAUACUGAAUCAGUAACAACAACCAAGAAUGGUAUAGACUCAUCACAACACAGUGGGAUUGGUGUUGGUGGGAAUGGCAAUGGAAUGUGUUAUUUAAGUCCAUUUUCUAUGUGCUCACGUGCUGAUCGGAUAGCAUCAGAAUCAAAUCUGAGUUCAUCGGGUUAUAGUUCCGGACCAUCUCGGUGUAAUUCUAAUACUAGACUGUGUCCAUUAGAAUCAGAAGAGCAACAGCCAACCAGACGAUCAUCACCCCUAAUCCACGCUCCUCCAGGUAUAAGGGAAGUUGAUUCAGAAGAGACUACUUUCUCGGAAAACGAUGACGAAGGAUUUCAUACAGAGCCACCAAAUUCUAAGAAGUUACUACAUCGUGAUUCUCGAACAAGUAAAAAAACUUGUAAUAUUAUAGAUGACAGUAUAACUAAUCAAUUGACAACAAAUGAUCCACAUAUAGAAUCCUGCUCUUCAACAGUUAUUUCCGAUCCGUCUUCCUCAUCUUCUUACCGAUUUUCAUUGCCAUCCAUAACCAUUCAACAGUACCCGUCAUCUCUUCAUCUAUCAACAGAUAUCCUCGAGAAAAGCCCAGUGAGUUCUCGGAGCGAGAGUCCUUUAAGUGAUAAAACUGUAUUUAGAUUCUCAUCAAUGUUUUAUGGUCGUAAUACUGAUUCCGAUAGCAUUUACGACUUUACUAGUUCGGAUUGUACAACAAAAAAGCGUUUGGGUGGUGGAAAAAAACGAGAAAAAAAAAGAAGGAUACCGGUAACAACGUGCUGCACCCCUGAAGCUAGUCUUUUAGAUGUACCUGGUAGAAUCGAAAAAAAAAUGUACAGAACCAAACCCAACACCAGACGACGAUCAAGAUCUCAGCAGACAGUCAUACCUAGUUCUUCUUCAUCCACUGACAGCCUCAAUGAUACUAACAGAAUGAAUUAUUAUACCAGACAGAAACAAUCUUACGAGUUAAUAAAGAAAAAUGAAUCACAAGAUAGUUGGACUGUAAUUACAAAAACAAAUCAAGAUUCAGUGACGAAAAGAAAAUCAAAACCCAACGAAUCACAAAAUAAAAAGUUUCAGUUUCAAAAUAAAACUGUUAGUGAUUGUGGUUGUUAUGGCGAAUCAGACUUUGAAAAUGAGAAAAGUAUACAUGACUUUACGUCCUUGCCAUCAUUAGUCUUGCUUAAUGUCAACUCUGUUAUAUGCACAAAAAAUUCUCAGAAAAUAAAUGAAGUCAAAAAUCAAGAAAUUAAAAAAGUAACAGCUUCUGACUGACACUCAACUUAUAAAGGCGAAAAUUGUCUCAGGACUGUGAAUUAUUAAUUUUUAUCUAUAAAAAAAAUAAAAAUUAACUAAAUACCAAAGGCGCAAAUAUUGUUUUAAACUUGGGGGUGCUUAUGUUCCAAAGGAAAAAAACAUUUUUUCCUUGCUCAGCCUAAAAUAAUAUCUUCAACCUUUUUUUUAUCCAUUCAUAAAUAUAUAAUUAUGUAUAUCAUUGUGUACAUACAUUUUUUACUACUACUGUUAAAUUUUAACUAUAAUUUUUGAAACCAAAACAUAUUACUAUGUUUAAAAUGAAAUAUACUACACAGACAACAUUAUAUACUCAUAAUAUAAAAUUAUUAAACUAUGGAUAAAAUUACUGCAGUAAUUAAUUAUUUUAUUUUCAUUACAUAAUUUUAAAAGAAUGGCGAAAUCUGUUUGGGGGUCCUAAUUAGCCAAAACAAGCAAUUAUUUACGCCUAUAUGUAACCUAAAUUGAUCAAAAUUUCAUAUUAUAGACUUAUAUCAAAAAUCAUUAAAAGUAAAAAAGAUAUUUCAAAUAAAAAGGUAUUUUCGAAAAUUUAAUACAUUUAAUUAUGUUUAAAUUGUAUUUUUCAAAAAUAUCUAUGGAGGUAUUUAAGGGGUCGUAUUUUAAAAAUAAAAUGGACACAAAUGUUUUUUUUAAUGAAAGAUGAACAUUUUUUUGUAAAUAUUACUAAUGAAAAAAGUAUUAUAAACUGUAAAUUCCAAUCAUAGCUUUUUGACUUUAAAAUAAAAUUGAAAUUUGAAUAAAUUUUGUUAUUUUAUUUCAGUA